AUGGCGACCACCGACCGCGUCACCUCCGUCGACCUGACGGGCCUCAAGAAGAUCGGCCAGGGCAAGGUCCGCGACGUCUUUGAAGUCGACGACAAGACCCUCCUCUUCGUCGCCUCCGACAGGGUCUCGGCCUUUGACGUGGUCAUGCAGAACGGCAUCCCCGACAAGGGCGCCAUCCUCACCCACGCCUCCGCCCACUGGUUCAAGGUGCUGACGGACCGAGUCCCCGGCCUCAAGACCCACUUCAUCACCCUCGACCCCCCGGCCGGCCUUCCCGCCGCCGACGCCGCCCUCAUCAAGAACCGCGCCAUGCAGGUCCGCCGUCUCAAGGUCGUCCCCCUCGAGGCCAUCGUCCGCGGCUACAUCACCGGCUCCGCCUGGAACGAGUACAAGUCCAAGGGCACCGUCCACGGCAUCGCGGUGCCCGCCGGCAUGCAGCAGUCCCAGGCCUUCCCCGCGCCCCUGUACACGCCCAGCACCAAGGCCGAGCAGGGCGAGCACGACGAGAACAUCCACCCGGACGAGGCCGCCCGGCUGGUCGGCGAGGCGACGGCGCGCCGCGUCGAGCAGCUCUCGCUGCGGCUCUACUCGGCCGCGCGCGACUACGCCGCCGAGCGCGGCAUCAUCCUCGCCGACACCAAGUUCGAGUUCGGCGUCGACCCGGAGACGGACGAGAUCGUCCUCGUCGACGAGGUGCUCACGCCCGACAGCAGCCGGUACUGGCCCGCCGACAAGUACGAGGUCGGCCGCGACCAGGAGAGCUUCGACAAGCAGUUCAUCCGCAACUGGCUCAUCGAGAACGGGCUCAAGGGCAAGGAGGGCGUCACGCUGCCCGAGGAGGUCUGCCUCGCUACGGCGGAGAAGUACAAGGAGGUGUUUUUGAAGUUGGUCGGUAAGAGCUUUGACGAGGUUGCUAAGGCGUGA